UCCAGCGGUUCCUGUUGAUCUGGGCUGAAGAAUUUUCUAACAGUGUAAAUCAGAGCAGAACCGGGUCUGAUCACACAGAGAACAGAACCGGUACCGGUACCGGUUACACAGCGGUACUUAAUCCAGAGUGAAUACAGAACCAGAACCGGAUUAAACAUUAUCUACUACCGGAUCUAAACUCUGCUGAGAGAGAGAGUUUUUUUGGCUGUAGAGCUAAAGUUUGGAGGCUGUGGACAGGGGGGCAGGGGGACAGUUGGACAAGUGAACACGUGGGCAGUUGGACAGCUCAAUAGGUGGACAGUUGGGCAGGUAGACAGUUGGGCAGGUUUAGAAGUAGACAGGUGGAAAAGUAGUCAGGUAAACAGACAUUUGGACAGGUGGAAAGGUGGACAGUUAGACAGGUGGACAGGAUGGUGAAGCAGGGUUCUGCUCGCCGUUCCUCGUCUCGCAUCUCUAAGCGUAUGUCCCACGUCUCCAGCUUCAGAGAGCUGUCUCUGCUGGAGCGGGACAGGGAGCGUCCCCCUGCCCCGGGUCCCGAGCACCACCCUGCCCCGUCCCCACCAGAGCCUCCCGUCCCGUUGCCGAGUCCUGGUCCGUCCCGUGUCCCCGACCGCGUCUACCUCCACGCUGCCGCCAUCUUCCAGAACACACACCUGCAGAAGGCCGCCGCCCACCGGCUCAUCAGCUAUGGGACGAGAGCAAGGGGCGGAACCCACUGGGGGACGGGCGAGGGGGCGCAGCGCGAGGCGUACGAGCUCGCCUUCAACACCCUGAAAUAUCAAGAGCUAUUGGAGGACAUCAUGAUUGACAGCUGCUUCUAUCUGUCUCAGCCUCUGCCGGAGGAGAUGAUGAGUCUGGUGGCCGUCAUGCUGUACGACCUACAGGAUAGAAGGUUCCUCCCCCGUGAGCUCCCGGCCAAUCACGCAGAGGAGGAGAUAGAGCCUGAUGUCAGAGAGGUGGAAGAAUGUCUGCUCAGGUUUAAGACGAAGCUGGCGGCCUCGUUAGCGCGCUGCCGGAUCAAACACGACCUGCUGACUAUCGACAGCAUCCUGCCGGAGAGCGUCCGACUGAGACAGGAGAGAGCAUCUAACCUACCGGUAUACGCCUGGAUUAACACACUGAGAACCAGUAUGGAGGAGGUGUGUGAUGUUCUGAGCUCUGCUGGUUUCUCUCGUGUUCACUCUGAAGGCCGUCUGGAGGGCCGGACGUUUCGUCUGGACACACACUGUCAGGAUCUGCUGGUGUUUCCAGCCUGUGUGAGAGGAGAUCUGUACAAAAACGGCCUGCUGUCAGACUACAGACUGAUCAUACAGGAUAAGUCGUGUUGCAUGGUGCCGUGGGCAUUGCGCCCCCUCCUGGAUGAAGCCGGAGGCGUCCUAUUGGCCGGAUCUUUCUCCGCCGCUACUGUUGCUCAUAUGGUCGCCGCCGUUGCCGCCGUCUCCAAAAACACACAGAGUGUACGAGUGUUAGUGUGUGUGGGAGAGCGCUCUCCUGCUGAGACUAAUGAACUGCAGGAGCUCCUGUCCAGCAUGGGCUGCAGCGAUGUGAAGCUGCUGUUUGAGAGUUUUAAUGAUGUGGAUGUGGGUGAUGCUCGUCUGCAGAAGGUCAGAAUCGUCCUGCUGACCCCACAGUGUUCCCUCUCCGCUGUCUCCAAUCCUGUAGACUUCCUGCUGCAGGAGAACGGAGACACAGAGCUGCUGCAGGAUCUGUCUCAUGGUUCAGUCUCACGGUCCAGACUGGAGACACUCGUCUCCCAGCAGAGGAGAGACCUUCAGCACGCCCUCCACUUUCCUAAGGUGCGUGCUGUGGUGUAUUCCACCUGUUCGUCCUUCUCUGAGGAGAAUGAGGACGUGGUAAGGGCAGCUCUCUCACUCAGAGAACAAGACGGGUCCAAACUACAGCCCUUCAGGCUCAGUCCCCCGGCUCUGCUGCAGUGUUCUGUAUCUGAUGAAGGUCAGGGAGAUGUAAAGAGCUGCUUCUUCAGUUUGGAGGCGUCUGAUCAGAGUAACGGCUGCUUUAUAGCUGUAAUGACCCGUCAGCCCGAGCCUGAAGUGAAGGAGACGCCACAGGAGGUGAUCUCUCGCGCCGCCGCCAUCGGGCUGUUAGAUGGUCUUCAGCCAGAUCAGCCAACCAAGAAACAGGGCCGCAGGAGACGCACCCGCAAAGGAGCCGCCAAUCAGGGAGGCCCCGCCCACAGACAGGCCCGCCCAUCCAUCAGCAGCCAAUCAAAAGUUAAGGAGUUUUUAAAAAACGAGGAGAAAGCAAGCAGCUCAGCUCCAGCAGUCGUACAGGAGCAGACAAAUGGAGCGUUCUCACCAUGGGGUGAUGCGAAACCCACUCAUCAACUGUCAUCUAAAUCAGUCAACCUGAAACUAGGCUCCGCCUCCAGCCCUGCUUUGACCUUUUGCCCCGCCCUCACCUUAAGCCCCACCCAGCCCUCCAAUAUCAUCUUUACCUCCAGCAUGAACCUGCCUUCCAGCACCACCUUGACCUCCAGCAGUACCUUGACCUCCAGCCCGUCCAAUAAGACUCUGAACCGAACCGUCAUUAACGCUGCGUUCACCAAUAACAGACGAGCUUCAGUCCCUGGAGCUCCGCCCCCUGCCCCACCCAAGGGCAGACAGGAAGUUCUGCGUCCCGUGACGGUGACGUUUCCUCCCGUGCUGUUCCCAGACUCCUCCCCCUCCUCUGUGUGGAAGAGCAGGAAAGCUCCUCCCCCUCGACUAAGCCACACCCUCUCCUACCCUCAGUGGAGAAACCACACCCCUUUUAUCACCUACAACCCCCUCCUACACCCACCAAUACACACACAGACACACACACCGUUACACACACAGUCCAACAGCAGCCUCAGACACCCACGACCGUGGCUCUGAAACACACACACACACACACACACACACACACACACACACACACACACACACACACACACACACACACUCACACACACA